UAUGCCAAGAAGGAUGUCAGCUUCCAACAUCAGUGAUGACAGCUUCCCAGCCACUCUCUUCCUGACAGGGAUCCCAGGCCUGGAGUUUGCUCACAUCUGGAUUGCCGCCCCAUUUUGUGUCAUGUAUCUGGUAGCACUGGUGGGUAAUGUUACUCUCAUUCUUGUCAUUGGGACAGACAGUGCUCUUCAUGCACCUAUGUACCUCUUCCUUUGCCUUCUCUCACUCACUGACCUGGCUCUCAGCUCUACCACUGUGCCUAAAAUGCUGUCCAUUCUGUGGUUGCAUGUUAGUGAGAUUUCUUUUGGUGGGUGCCUGGCCCAGAUGUUUUGUGUUCACGCUAUUUAUGCUCUGGAGUCCUCGGUCCUUCUUGCCAUGGCCUUUGACCGGUAUGUGGCUAUCUGCAACCCACUGAGAUACACAACCAUUCUCAAUCAUAAGGUCAUAGGCCAAAUUGUCUCUGUUGGAAUAUUCCAUAGUGUAGCUAUUGUCUCCCCAUUCAUCUUCUUGCUGAGGCGACUGCCCUACUGUGGCCACCGUGUCAUGGCUCACACUUACUGUGAGCACAUGGGCAUUGCUCGACUGGCCUGUGCCAACAUCACUGUCAAUGUUGUUUAUGGGCUGACCGUGGCUUUCCUGGCCAUGGGUCUUGAUUCCAUCUUCAUUGCCAUCUCCUAUGGCUUUAUUCUCCAUGCUGUCUUUCGUCUCCCAUCCCGUGAUGCCCAGCACAAGGCACUGAGUACCUGUGGCUCCCACAUUAGUAUCAUCCUUGUUUUCUAUAUCCCUGCCUUCUUCUCCUUCCUCACCCACCGCUUUGGUCACAAUCAAGUUCCCAAGCAUGUGCACAUCUUCCUGGCUAACCUGUACGUGCUGGUGCCUCCUGUACUCAAUCCUAUUAUCUAUGGAGCUAGAACCAAGGAGAUUCAGAGCAGACUUCGAAAACUCCUUCACUUGGGGAAGAUAUCAAUGUGAAGUCUAAACAAAAGUUAGAGGUGAGAAAAAUAAAUGGAAGAAUAGUUCUCUAUAUGCAUUCUACAUGGAGAGUUAUG